UACCGUAGGUCCUGACAGCGCAUGUGCCGGACGUUCAAAUGAGUCGCACUUGUUUGGGCAAACUGUCUGUUUUUUAGUCUUUAAAAGAACCAGAAUGUCCCUUCAAGCAACAAACCCCCUCAACCCGAUAGUCUUCUUCGACAUUACCAUCGGAGGGCAGGAUGUCGGACGGAUGAAGAUCGAGCUGUUUGCUGACGUGGUUCCAAAGACAGCAGAGAAUUUCCGGCAGUUCUGCACUGGAGAGUUCAGGAAGGACGGCGUUCCCAUCGGCUUCAAAGGUUGCACAUUCCACAGGGUGAUUAAAGACUUCAUGAUCCAAGGAGGAGACUUUGUGAAUGGCGAUGGAACCGGGAUCUGCAGCAUCUACAGAGGUCCAUUUGCAGAUGAGAACUUCAGACUGAAGCACUCUGCCCCCGGCCUUCUCUCCAUGGCAAACAGUGGUCCAGGGACAAACGGCUGCCAGUUUUUUAUUACCUGCACUAAAUGUGACUGGUUAGAUGGGAAACAUGUUGUUUUUGGAAAAGUGGUCGACGGUUUACUGAUCAUGAGGAAAAUCGAGAACGUUCCUACGGGACCCAACAACAAGCCGAAACUCCCCAUCCUCAUCGCACAGUGUGGAGAGAUGUGAUCCAAGUUGCUCCAAACAUGACAUGAAAAACUUCCACAACCUCUGUACACAUGAAGUAGUAUCUUAAUUUUACCAGGAGUAGAAGGACGGAUGCCUUUCCUGUCAGUUCAGACUCAAGAACUCUCCGGUACGUCUGUUUUUGUACCGAAUAUCAGUUUAAAAGUUGCUUCAAAACCAAAUUAUUCACAUUAUAGUCUGGUUUUGGCACUCAUUCAUGUUUGCUUUUCAAAUUAAUUUUCCACAACUUCUCAUGAAAAGCUGUUGUUCUGUUGUUGAUGUUUUUCUGAGGACAGCUUAUUUUUUAAAACCAGAUAGAAGAAUUACUCAUCGGUUACACUGUUUAUCAUUUCUGAUCAAUAAAUUGUACAUUUUUAUACA